GCCUCCUGGCCGCUGAGCUGAGGGGAAGCUGAACAGGCCGAGGCUCACACUGCUGCCUCUGCUCCAGCUAGGAUGUGGCUCUUCCACAGUCUGCUCUACAUGACCAGCCUGGCUCCCCUGGAGGCCUUCAAUGUGGAUGUGGCCUGGGCCUGGGUGACUCCCGGGGGAGGCGCGCCUUACGUGCUCAGCUCCCUUCUGCACCAAGACACCAGCACCAACCAGACCUGGCUCCUGGUCACCAGCCCUAGAACAAACAGGACAGCAGAGCCCCUGCAUCGAUGUUCCCUCACCCAGGACGAGCUCUUUUGCCAACCAGUAGAGCAUGUCCCCAUCCCCAAGGGGAGGCACCGGGGAGUGACAGUUGUCGGAAACCACCACGGCGUUUUGAUCUGCAUCCAAGUGCUGGCUCAGCAACCCCACAGCCUCAGCUUGGAACUCACAGGCACCUGCAGCCUACUGGCCCCUGACCUCCGUCCCCAGGCCCAGGUCUCCUUCUCCGACCUUGAAAAUCUCCUGGAUCCUGAAGCACAUGUGGAUGCUGGAGACUGCUACAGGAGCAAAAAAGGCAGCACAGAGAACGCAGCCAGGCGACGCCGGGCUCUGAAGCCAGAUGACGAGGAGGAGGAAGAGGAGGAAGCAGCUGGCACUGAGAUCGCCAUCAUCCUGGAUGGCUCGGGAAGCAUUGAUCCCCCCGACUUCCAGAGAGCCAAGGACUUCAUCUCCAACAUGAUGAGGAACUUCUAUGAGAAGUGCUUUGAGUGCAGCUUUGCCCUGGUCCAGUACGGCGAAGUGAUCCAGACUGAGUUUGACCUUCAGGACAGCCAGGAUGUGAUGGCCUCCCUGGCCAGAGUCCAGAACAUCACUCAAGUGGGGAAUGUCACCAAGACUGCCUCUGCCAUGCAGCAUGUCCUAGACCACAUCUUCACGCCAAGCCACAGCUCCAGAAAAAAGGCAUCCAAGAUCAUGGUGGUGCUCACUGAUGGGGACAUAUUCGGAGACCCCCUCAACCUCAUGACUGUCAUCAACUCCCCAAAGAUGCAAGGUGUUGAGCGCUUUGCCAUUGGGGUGGGAGAAGCAUUUCAGAAGGCUAAGACUGACAAGGAACUGAAGCUGAUCGCCUCGGACCCCGAUGAGACCCAUGCCUUCAAGGUGACCAACUACGCAGCACUGGAUGGGCUGCUGAGCAAACUGCAGCAGAACAUCAUUCCCAUGGAAGGCACGGUCGGAGAUGCCUUCCACUACCAGCUGGCACAGAUCGGGUUCAGUGCACAGAUCCUGGAUGAGGGGCAGCUGCUGCUGGGUGCCGUUGGGGCCUUUAACUGGUCAGGGGGCGCACUGCUCUAUGACAUGCAUGGUCUCCAGGGCCGCUUCCUGAACCAGACAGCGGCAGACGCCAACGCUGCGCCAUUCAGCUACCUGGGUUACUCUGUGGCUGUUCUGCACAAGGCCUGUGGCCUCUCCUAUGUGGCGGGGGCUCCACGGCACAAGCAGCGAGGGGCCGUGUUUGAGCUCCAGAAGGAGGGCAGCGAGACCAACUUCAUGCCAGUGCUAGAAGGAGAGCAGAUGGGGUCCUAUUUUGGCUCUGAGCUGUGCCCUGUGGACAUUAACAUGGAUGGGACCACGGACUUCUUGCUGGUGGCUGCUCCGUUUUACCACGUUCAUGGAGAGGAAGGCAGAGUCUAUGUGUACCGUCUGAAUGAGCAGGAUGGUUCCUUCUCCUUGGCAUGCAUGCUGAGUGGGUACUCCGGGUUCACUGAGGCCCGAUUUGGCUUUGCCAUGGCGACAGUGGGGGAUAUCAAUCAGGAUGAGCUCACCGAUGUGGCCAUCGGGGCCCCCCUGGAGGGUUUGGGGUCAGAUGGUGGCACUAGCUUCGGCAGCGUGUACAUCUACAAUGGACAUCGGGAUGGCCUCUCCACCAGCCCCUCACAGCGGAUCAGAGCCUCGGCGGUGGCUGCAGGACUCCACUACUUCGGCAUGUCCAUGGCAGGUGGCUUAGAUUUCAGUGGCGACGGGCUUGCUGACAUCACCGUGGGUGCUCUGGGCCGGGCGGCCGUGUUCCGCUCAAGACCUGUGGUUCGCCUGAAGGUGUCCAUGACCUUCACCCCCGAGGCACUGCCCAUUGGCUUCAACAGUAGCGUGAAUGUGUGUUUGUGUUUUGAAAUCAGCUCUGUGACCACAGCUGCUGAGUCAGGCCUCAGAGAAUCCUCUCUGAACUUCACAUUGGAUGUGGACGUGGUGAAGCAGAGGAAGAGGCUGCAGUGUCCAGACAGGAGAACUUGUCAGAGCUACCUUAGGAAGUGGAGCAGCGAGUCCCGUCUUUGUGAGCCCCUCCUGCUCAUCCCCACAGAGGGAGAGCUGUGUGAGGAGGACUGCUUCUCCAACAUCAGUGUCAAGGUCAGCUACCAACUCCAGACCCCCGAGGGCCGGAGGGACCAUCCCCACCCUGUUCUGGACCUCUACACUGAGCCCUCUGCCAUCUUCCAGCUGCCCUAUGAGAAGGCCUGCAGGAAUAAGCUGUUUUGCAUCGCUGAGCUACAGUUGGCCAUCACCACCUCUCAGCAGGAAUUGGUGGUGGGUCUCACAGAGGAGCUGACCAUGAACAUUAGCCUGAUUAACUCUGGGGAAGAUUCCUACAUGACAAGCAUGGCUUUGAAUUACCCCAGAAACUUACACUUUAAGAGGAUACAAAAGCCUCCUUCUCCAAACAUUCAGUGUGAUGACCCCCGGCCAGCUGCUUCUGUCCUGGUCAUGAACUGCAGGAUCGGUCAGCCUGUCCUCAAGAGGGCGUCUGCAAACUUUUCAGUAGUUUGGCAGCUAGAGGAGAAUGCCUUUCCAAACAGGACAGCCAACAUCACUGUGACAGUCACCAAUUCCAAUGAAAGAAGGUCCUUGGUCAGAGAGACCCACAGCCUUCAAUUCAGGCAUGCCUUCAUUGCAGUUCUUCCCAAACCAUCAGUGAUGUACAUGAACACAAGCCGGGGACUUUCUGACCACAAAGAAUUCCUCUUCAAUAUACAUGGGGAAAAUCGUUUUGGAGCCAAAUUUCAGCUGCAAAUUUGUGUUCCCAUCAAAUUACAAGGUAUCCAGCUUGUAAGAGUGAAGAACGUGACAAAGACUCAGGCUUACACUGUGUGCAGCCAGAGUCAGCAGGGCGCUUGUGGGAGCGAUCCGGUUCAGAGUGUGGAGGAAUGGCAUUCAGUAAGCUGUGCCAUCACUUCGGAUAAAGAAAAUGUCACUGUGGCUGCAGAGCUCUUCUUGAGUCAAUCCGAGCAGUUACUAAGAGAUGUAACUGAACUGCAGAUCCUCGGUGAACUAUCUUUCGACAAAUCUCUAUAUGAGGGGCUGAGUGCAGAGAACCACAGAACUAAGGUAGUCCCUGGCUGUUUUCUGGUUUUCUGGGUAGUGUCCUGGGAAAACUGUGCCUAGGCUUCGAGCCCCUGUUUGGGCACUCUGCUGCUGCCCUCUUCUGUUUUCAGGCUUAUCCCCUCUAAUCUAA